AUGGCUUCCAAUUCUCUUUAUGAUAUGCUUAUAAAUGACUCUGACUUCUCUAAAUCUGAUGAUGAUUUGGAGAUGCUUAAAGCUAUUACUAUGAAUGAAGAACUACUAGAUAGUGAGAUAGGAUCAAGCUCACGUCGUGGUUCUGUUCGAGGUCGUAAAGUCAUUCAUCGUGAUCAUAUUCAAGGUCAUGAAAGGCUUUUUCUCAACUAUUUUGCUGAAUCACUUGUAUAUCCUCCUGAGCUAUUUCGAAGGAGGUUUCGGAUGAAACUUGUUGAUAUUUUUUCUAAUGAGUAUUUGAGGUCACCAAACAGCAAUGACAUCGCUAAACUACUAGCAGUUGGUGAAAGUCAUGGAUUUUCUAGAAUGCUAGGGAGCAGUGAUUGUAUGCAUUGGAAAUGGAAAAAUUGUCCGACUGCGUUGAAAGGUAUGUAUACUGGUCACAUUCAUGAACCAACAAUUAUUUUGGAAGUUGUUGCAUCAUAUGAUCUUUGGAUUUGGCAAGCAUUUUUUGGAUUACCUGGGUCUCAUAAUGAUAUCAACGUGCUAGAAAGGUCUUUUUUAUUUACCGAACUUGCUCAAGGGCGUGCUCCUACAGUCAAUUACGCCAUUAAUGGUAAUGAAUAUAUAAUGGGAUACUAUCUCGCCGAUGGUAUAUAUCCACAAUGGUCAACAUUUGAGAAAACAAUUCCUUCUCCUCAAGGAAAUAAGAAAAAACUUUUUGCUGCAGCUCAAGAGGCGACAAGAAAAGAUGUAGAACGUGCAUUUGGAGUGCUUCAAGCACGAUUUGCAAUUGUGCGUCGACCGGCAUGUUUUUGGAAUACUAAAAUGCUUAAAUAUAUUAUGAAGGCGUGCAUAAUUCUACAUAAUAUGAUCAUUGAGGAUGAGCGGGAUGACAAUGGAGUAAAAGAUUUCAAUUAUGAUCAAAUUGAUGACAGUCCCCAUGUAACAGUGUUACAGGAGAGAACUAUUGAACUUAUGGAAUUCAUUCAAUGUCAUCAUAACAUUAGAGACAGGCAAACACAUUCUCAUCUCCAAUCGGACCUUGUCGAACAGUUGUGGCAAUUACACAGCGAGUUGUAA